AUGCCACCGGUUCCUAUCUAUGUCAAAGGGGGUGCUUGGUCCAACAUUGAAGACCAGAUCUUGAAAGCCGCUAUAGAGAAAUAUGGGACACAUCAAUGGAGCAAGAUCGCGUCCCUACUGCAGAAGAAGACUGCUAAACAAUGCGAGAUGCGUUGGACAGAGUUUUUGAAUCCCAGCCUUGACUUCACCCCAUUUUCCAAAGAAGAGGACUCUAAGCUAUUAAAACUUGUUAGACAACUACCCAACCAAUGGAGGACAAUAUCAGAUAUUAUGGGUCGUACAUCCCAAGUUUGCAUUGACCGCUACAACAUUUUAUUAGAAACGACAGAAUCUGAUGUGAAGCUCGCUAGCUCGCUUGAUUUUGAAGUAGGCGACAUUGAUCUAAUUGCGGAGAGUAGGCCCGCGAGGCCCGAUCCCGCCGAUCUCGAGUCCAUGGAUAAGGAAAUGCUAGCAGAAGCGCGUGCCCGGCUUCUGAAUACGCAAGGUAAAAAAGCUACGAGGAAAAUACGAGAGCGCAUGUUAGAGGAAAGUAAAAGGGUGGCGCAUUUACAGAAGAGACGUGAGUUGAAACAAGCGGGCAUAGAUUCCAAGAUACGACCGCCACGAAAGAAGUACAGCACCGAGAUUGAUUAUAACGCUGAUGUAGUUUACGAACAGGAGCCCGAAAGUGGGCCAUUUGACACCACAGAAGAAGACAAGCGAGCCACCAGAGCAGUACAGAAGUUUGAACGUUCCAUCGAAAGAUCGGGUUUACAAGAGAAAGAUGAAAGGAAAAAAUCAAAGAAAAAGAGAGCACCUGAAGAACGCCCUUCAGCAGACGUUCCCUCCGUGUCCAUAAGUAGUGAUCACAAAAAACCAAGGUUGGAAUUCCCAGUAGCACCAUCAAAUAAUGCUGCAAGAGGUAAAUUGGGGUCAAAGAGCUUGAAGAAGACUAUACUGCGUCUUUUUCAACAACUCCCGGAGCCGUUGAAUGACUUUGAAAUCCAACUGGAUGAUGACGAGGGCAGCAGCGAUAAUGGUGAAAAGCAUUCAGAUAUAGAGGCUGGUGAUGUCCUUGACGAUGAAGCUGCGCUCGAUUCUGAGCUAAAUGUAAAAAAAGAAGGUGAAGAAGUUUCAACUUCUGAGACCGCGAAUACAAUAUUAAUGCCUGGCCUUCCUCUCCCUGAGCCGAUUCUGGAGCCCUCUAACGCUGUAGACCGCGAAUAUAAUGACUUACUGGCAACUUCGCUGAUUUCGAAGCAAACUGACCAUGACCACGCUUUCAAGGCCGUGAAACUCAAGCUACUGCAAUCAAUAGCUGCGCCGCCAAAUGCAGAUUCAUUCAGGCAUCUUGCAGAAAAGGUUGCUGAAGAUAGUAUUCAGAACUCGAAUGUCACAGAGCUAAUGGUUCAUGAGUUACAAGCACGAAUUGACAGUUUGGAUACCCUAACACAGGAUAUCGAGCCAUUGAGAAGCAAGAAUGAGGAGUACCAUCACGAACUUUUCUCUACGCUGCUGCCGAAGCUAUCUGGAAAUCGCCAAACUUACGCGGUCGACUACAAAAAGUAUCAAAAUGAAUACUACACCAUUGAGGCGAGACAAUCACUAUUGAAAGAGCAUCUGGAUGAGGCAGGUGCGUGA